UCUACUACCCUCGAGACCUUGACAUAAACAAAGUUUGGGACGACAACGACGGACGCAACAAGUAGGUUUUAUCUUAUGCGAAAUCUUUAUUCUCAUUGCUAUGGAGGUUCCAAAGUUGAACUACUUAAGAAAUGAAAAACAGUCGAACUCUAGCAUCCCAUUCUUCAACUUCUUCUCCAUCAUCACAUGACCGUAAACCCAGACCGGCCAGAAAAUGAAAAGAGAAACCCAACAAGAAUCAUCAAAAGACAAAGAUGGAGAAGAAAAGCGAGGCAUCUCAGAAAAGUCAUAUUCACCUCCUCUCAGUCCUCUAAUAUUCCCCCAAAACCAUAACAAGUCCCCAUCUCCAUCUCCGUCUCCAUCACCACUACAUGAUUCUCCAGCUGAAGAAAUCUACCACACCAAUGAGUUCAGACUCACACCACCGGAGAAUCAGACCCCCCACCACUCUAAGUCUGGGCCGCCACCGCCCGUGGAGGCCCAAACCAAAGCCCAAGAGGGGUUUGCUGCGCCAGGAGAGGCUCAAGAGGGAGGAGAGAAUAGGAGAACUAUGAGACCCUAUUUGUCUAUAUUGAAGAGGGCGAGAAGGCAAAGCGUGGUGAGGAGGGCUACGUUGGGGUUAAGGAUUUCUGAGUUUUUGUUUUGUUUGAUCUCUUUCUCGGUUAUGGCGGCCGACAAGAAACAGGGUUGGGCUUCAGAUUCUUUCUCUAACUACAAGGAGUUCAGGUAUUGCUUGGCAGUGAAUGUGCUAGGGUUUGUGUAUUCAGGGAUUCAGACCUAUGAUUUAGUCUAUUACUUCACCACCGGAAAACAUGUAGUGCAGCACCAUCUCCGAUAUUACUUCGAUUUCUUGAUGGAUCAGAUUUUGACCUACCUUGUGAUAUCGGCAUCUUCAUCAGCAGCGACUCGGGUUGAAGAUUGGGAGUCGAAUUGGGGCAAAGACAAGUUCCCUGAUAUGGCACGAGCAUCUGUGGCACUAUCCUUCCUUGCCUUCUUUGCAUUUGCCUCUAGCUCUCUCAUCUCUGGUUACACCCUCUGUACUCUAAAAUCUAUGUAGUUCAUUGUUUACACACCACUUAACUUUUAACUCUGUAUUCAUAAAUUUUGUAAUCUACCAUCAUUUUUUCUUUCAA